AUGCCCUCGCCCAUUCUCAAGAUCCUUGUGCCUCUCAGGCCCUUUGAGCUGGAGCCGGGCCUGCUGCCCCUUUUCUAGUACGGCUGUGACUAGCUGGCCAGCGCCAAGGACUGCCUCUCCAAUCCGGAGUUCCUGGGCCACAUCAGGAAAGUGAUGCUGGUCAUAGACACUGCAGUGACCAACGUGGAGACCUUGUCUUCUCUGGAGGAGCACCCGGCCCUGGACAGGAAGCACCGGACUGUCGACACAAAGCUCAGCAACUUCUCGGUGGUGGGUGAGUCUCUGCUCUAUGUGCCGGGCAAGUGCCACGGCCCUGCUAUCACAUCGGCCUAGCAGGUCUAUGGGGCCACGGUGCGGGCCAUGACUUGUGGUGGGGGCCGUGACUGA